AUGCUGUGGACUGUAUUCGUGCUGCCUGUGCUGAUUUCGAUGGUACAUGGAGAAGAGAAAAAUGCAACCAAUGCAACCAAUACGACUGACGAUGACGAUGACGAUGUCGAUGCGCUAUUUCAAUUGUUGGAUUACAGAGAGAAAGAAAGAUAUAACAGAACCGAGUUGACUGACAGCGACAUAGACGCACUGGUCAAGACCAAAAUCACAAUCGACUCUGGAGAUCUUUACGGCAACGUGUUCGAAUUUGUCGGUGGGGAGAUUUACCAGGCAUGGACUGACAUCCCCUAUGCAUAUCCGCCCGUUGGGGAUCGAAGAUUCAAGUAUGCUGAUCCUGACAUAAAAUGGAGUACCCCCAGAAAUGUGUCUGCAAAGCUGCCUGAACAGUGUCUCCAAUACAAUUUCAUUCCAAACAUACCCAACCGAUAUGUGGGCAGCGAGGAAGCAUGUCUUAUGCUCACUGUAUACAGGUACCUGGGAUCGUACUUCGAGCACAAAUGGUUGACGGAGAAGGACCCGGGUGCUGCUAAGCUGUUUCAUGUCGUGGUUCUGCUGCACCCCGGCACCUUUAUGUACGACUUCCCCUUUGAUGGCCGAAGGUUUGCUGCCAACCUGUGCUGCGAGAAUAUCAUCGUUGUCGUCGUCAACUACAGGCUGGGACAUCUAGGCUUCCUGGCAAUGGGCAACAACCCCAAAGCACCGCCGGCCAACCUUGGUCUGUUUGACCAGGUGACCGCCAUGAAGUGGGUGCAACGCAACAUCCCCCACUUCCUCGGCGACCCCAACAAGAUCACCCUGGUGGGCGUGGCUGCGGGUGCGGCUGCUGUACAACUGCACUUGUUGUCCCGCAAAUCAUUUCACUUUCAUCAGGCGAUGUCGUUCGGGGGCUCCGCCCUGGUGCCGUGGGCCCUGGGGUCCAAUGUGGCCGCCAAAAGCUACCACUAUGUGUUCAAUAACCUCAAAUGCCGCCGAAUCCUCAUGUCUGAGAUCCGCGACUGUCUGGCGAACCUCACUUUCUUCGAUGACAUCAAGAAUGUCCUCCACCCCUACAAUCAGCACGCCAUAUCUUAUGCCUACCAAAACAUGCCGAUGAGUCCAUUCGGGCCGGUCGUGGAUGAGAACUUUCUAGAAGAGGACCCACUGAUUAUGCUGAGGGCUGGAGCCGUGAGAACAAUUCCCUAUGUGCUCAGCUUCACAGACGCCGCCGGCCUCCUUCCCGCUGCACAACUGUGGGACAAACCGAUAUUGGAGGACAGGGUGAACACAUAUUGGAACCUGGAGAUGGGCGCCUAUGCACUCGACUACAACCAUACAAUGUACGACAAGCUGAAACCCAAGUUUUCUGAGCGCACAAGGGAGUUCUACUACCCCAUAUUGCCAGGCCAUCAAAAAUCAUUGUUCGACGAUUUCAACGCUUUUGUCAAGAUGCUAACCGACCGUCUUUACACGACUGGCAUAGUAGAGGCAGCCAGGCUGCAGGGCUUUGCCAACACCAGUCAGCCCACCUGGGUCUACAGGUUCUCCUAUCAGGGAGAGUUCAGUUUCUCUGAUGUGCUUUUUGGAAGUCGUCAGCUGUGGGGACCACCAGUGGGAGAUGACUUUAUGACGUAUAUCGCCAACCAAUACCCUCUACGCCACCGGAAGGACAUAAAUAUGGGUAUUUUGAUGAAACAUCUUUUCAUUUCAUUUAUUUUCGAAGGCGUGCCGUCUGUACCGAGAGAAUUGUUCGACAAGCUUCACUUGAAGAGAAAGAACGACCAAAUCGCCCUGAAGGACACACGGACCUACUUUCACACCAAUCAGGGCUAUAUACGGGCCAAUCGGAAAGCGUCUUACAUCACCACCUACAACCACAUACUCAGGAAGAACUACUCGUCAAGGACAGUACACUCAAACAAUGUGGGUAGAGGCAAGUACUGGCGGCGUGCGCCCAUUCUACAUCCCGGUGUAUUCACAGAGGACCGAAGCUAUUACAAGGAGUACUUCCAGCAAUACGCCUGGGAUAAAUUCCCUGACAUCGACUCUGUGCUGAAACUCAUCGACGGAAAGAUUAACAUUAGCGACUCCAAGUUUGAUUAUAAUCCGUUGGAAGAUGAUGACUAUAUCGCCUUCUAGAUCGCCUUCUAAGCCUGGUUUUCAUUAGUAGAGUAAGGCUCAACUCACACUUACGCUACUCAGGUGGAGAAGAGACUCGACUCUAGUCGAGAGCAUGUGUUUCCAAAUGGUGACACUCAGACUCAGCGACUGUCACCACUUGAAAACACAAUGCUCUCUCGACUAGAGCAGGACUUCCUAUAAACCGGGCCUGCGCCUAUGAAAAAAAUGGCUGCCGAAAGUGGUGGCUGGCAAUGAUAUUUUAAAUGGGAACUGGACGAACUGAGAUUUCAACAAACUGAGACGCUCUCUAACAGCUGAUUAGUGAUUUUCUCUCAAUAGGAAUUCUUAUAAGACCACCACAUAUGGCGGCCAUUUUUUUUCUAGUCCCAGGUCCGGUAGUAUAUAGGAGGUCCCGACUAGAGUCGAGUCUCUUCUCGACCUGAGUCGUGUAAGUGUGAGUUGAGACUUAGUGGUAGAGUUCCCUAGACAAGUAUCAACUAUCUUGUGAACUAUGCCAGUAAAAAGGUUAAUGAUUGAGUAGAGUCAUGGUAGAGUUUUAAGUAGUGUAGAGUGGGAUUGCACCAUGGGUAGUACUCUACCACUUGCCUUCCCCCACCACCGCUUCUCACUCUACUCUACCACUACUACGCUCAUGAGAACAGUCAUGAGCUAGUAGAGUAGAGAAGUUCCAAAAGCUAUCAAGUUCAAUAAGUAUUGUUAUUUAUUAAAAAGUAUUAAUUUAUUAAAGUGCUAUUUAUCAAAAAGUAUUAAUUCAUUCAAGUGCUAUUUUAUGAAAAAGUAUUGACAUUUUAGUUCUGUUCACUAGACAACACACUUAACCUGCUAUUCUCAAUUGUAGUGAAAACAGUUACUCGACCAAGUAAGUAGAGUAGAGUUAGCUCGGUAGAUUAAGUAUGCCAGUUACUCGACCACUACUAUGCUAAUGAAAACAGUCUCGAGCUAGUAGAGUAGAGAAGUGCCAUAGGCUAUCAAGUCUAAGAAGUAUUGUUAUUUAUUGAAAAGUAUUGAUUUUAUUCAUUAAAAUUUAUUAAAAACUGUUAAUAAGUGUUCAGGUGUUAAUUUAAUAAAAAGUAUUCACAUU